AGCAUUGUCCUGUCGGAAUCAUCCAUAAUUUCCGAAGGAAUGGAUGAUCAGAGGGCACUUUUCAAACAAGUGUUCGGCGACUCAUCGGACAGCGAAGACUACGAACAACUACAACAACAGCAGCCUCAAUUGGAAGAUCGAUCUCAGCCAACAAGGUCCGGUCAAAACCCUAACUGGGAACAAAUCAAAGAGGUCAAGGGGCUAUGGUUGUGCAGGGACUUCCUCUCAGCUCAAGAACAGUCUUCCCUGCUCUCCGCAAUCGAGAACGAAGGGUGGUUCGCUGAAGCCUCUAACAACCAGGCUAUGAGGUUUGGAGAUCUUCCGCCAUGGGCAAGUGAAAUUUCAAAUUCUAUUCGUGAGCUGGUGCUUUUAAGUGAUCCUGCUUUUGAUCCUUUACACUUGGGAACUGAUUGUGGGGCUAAAGAAGCAUGUCCGUUUCCAUCACAUUUGUUGUGGAGAGAACCACUCUUUGACCAACUUAUUGUAAAUGCAUACCAACCAGGUGAGGGGAUCUGUGCACAUGUUGACCUUUUGCGGUUUGAAGAUGGAAUUGCCAUAGUCUCCUUAGAGUCAUCUUGUGUGAUGCAUUUCACCCAAGUUGAAGAAGCAUAUUGUGGCAUAGCAAAUGAGGGAAUAACAGAUCCACCCAUCACCAAGAUUCCUGUGAAUCUGACCCCUGGAUCUCUAAUUCUUAUGUCAGAAGAAGCUCGCUACUGUUGGAAGCAUGAAAUAAAUCGCAAUCCAGGGUUUCAAAUAUGGGAAGGCCAGGAGCUAAAUCAGAGGAGGAGAAUCUCUGUAACACUGAGGAAGCUCUGCAAGGUUGAGUAGAAUCUUAAUCAUCACAUUUAAAUCUGCAAUAUGGAUUAUUCUGUUUUAGGGCCUGACCUUGAAUGUUGGUUGACUUAAAUUCAUCAUCUUUUAUAUUCUUCUAGUGACUCCAUUCUAGAUGAUAAACUUGAGCUUUUAUUUCUGUCACCAACUUGGGGUGACAGAACCUCAAGAUGGAAAUCCCUCUUGGCAUAUGCAUCACUGGAACAGCUUAGUUAUAAGUCUUUCCAUUCAAUUUUGUUACAGAGCUUCUUAUGAUUUGAAUAUUCAUUGUAACAAGGGACGGAAAAUCGGUAUUUCAUGGUGAUUUUGUUGAUAGC